AUGUACCGAAUGCUGUUCGUUACGAAUUCACAAUCUCGGCUCAACAAAACCUUGAGGGUCGCCGAGUUCACCAUUAUUGGCUUUUACUUUUCUCAAUUCUUCACAAAAAUGUUUGAAUGUUCCCCUGUCGCACGAGUUUGGGAUAGUUCUAUCCCCGGAAGCUGUCUGAGCAAACAUGCCAUCUUGAAUGCUAGCGGACUCUUCAAUCUACUCAGAGACAUAUUCAUUCUUCUUGUACCGGUCUUUUCAGUCAUGAAACUGCGUAUUCGCAACGCAAAAAAGGCCCAGAUAAUUUUCGCUUUGACUCUUGGUGCUGCGUAGGUCUUUGGGUUCUUUUGAAAUGUUUCUCUGGGCUGACACAUGCUUUGUAGUGCACCUACUGUUAGUCUGGUUGGAUACAUUGUCCGUAUAAAGCUUGGUUCACUUCCCGAUUUGACAUAUAACCUACCUUUGAUUAUACUCUUCGCGUAAGCACCCUUCUCCGUGUAUUAUCAAUCGGACUAACAAGGCUGGAAUUGUUGAGGUUGCUCUUGGAGUUAUUUGCAUAUGUCUGCCACAUCUCUCCGCGUUAAUCAGACAUCAAAGAUCCCAGCACAACACAAGCAACACAAGUUAUAGUGGCCAUCGUCGCGAACCUAGCAGUGAAAUCAAUCUCAGUAGGCCAAACAACAGCAGCAAUAGACGAACCACACAUUCCAGAGCGAGUAUUGGGCUUCGUGAUGGAGAAGCUCCAGGCAGGGCCGAGUACAUUGCUUUGAACUCGCCCGCGGAACCAUCCACGCCGCGGGAGAGAUAUUUCAUCUCAAGAAGUAACACAGAAUCCACAAAUGUGCCUUCUCCAGCUGCAGCGCCGUCUAUUGGUAGUUUUCGUGGUCCUCCUUCAGUGGUUGUCCAUUGUCCAGAUUCAACCUUCCCUACAGCUACCCCAUUACCGAAUGACGAAACAACAUUUCCCAGUCGAGCAUACGUGCCUCCUACACGACACUCGGAUACGUUCCAGUUCGCAUCGGAUGGUGAGUUACGACGUGCAAAGCCUGAUACAAAAGAAGAGAAGGAGAAGUUUUUCAAGCACCACAGUUAUUUCAGCUAA